GUAUUGGCUCCCGCCGGCCAUCUUCGGAGUGCCUGCGCUGUGGAGGUCACCUACUUCCCUUUUGAUUGGCAGAACUGCACACUGGUGUUCAGAUCAAAAACAUACAACUCUAAAGAAAUCAGUCUUCUUUUGGCUUUUACCGAGAGCGGGGAGCUGUUGGAGCGGGUGGACAUUGACCCUGAGGCUUUCACAGAAAAUGGUGAAUGGGCAAUAAAGCACUGCCCUGCAUGGAAGUAUCUAAACCAUCGCUAUACGGAGGACGACCUUCAAUAUCAGGAGAUUAAUUUUGGGCUUAUUAUUCAAAGGAAGCCUCUUUUCUACAUUGUCAACAUCAUCGUACCGUGUGUCCUCAUCUCCUCCUUGGUAGUGUUGGUCUAUUUCCUGCCAGCCAAAGCCGGUGGUCAGAAAUGUACCACCUCCAUCUCGGUUCUCCUUGCUCAGGUUGUCUUCCUGUUCCUGAUUGCCCAAAAGGUUCCUGAAACGUCUCUGAGUGUCCCACUUAUCGGCAAAUAUCUGAUAUUUGUGAUGAUCGUGUCUACGCUGAUUGUGCUGAGUUGUGUCAUUGUUCUGAACGUGUCGCUGAGGACACCGAGCACGCACAACCUGACUGCCACCAUGAAACGGAGGCUCCUGGAGGUCUUACCGCGAUACCUCCAUAUGAAGAUUGAGCCGUGCGAGGAAGAAGGCGAGACGCCAAAGGAUAGGAGGAAGAGCUCCCUGGGGAUCAUGCUGAAGGCCGAGGAGUACGUCCUGAAGAAACCACGGAGCGAACUGAUGUUUGAAAGGCAGAGGGAGCGACACGGGCUGAGCCGGGACUCCCAGGGCCACAGAGUUGACGGAUUUGAUGUUGGAGUGACCACUCCCCUAUUUAAGAAUCUGGCCCACUGUGCCCCGGAGAUAAAGGAGUGUGUGGAGGCCUGCAACUUCAUCACCUCCAGCACAAAGGAGCAGAAUAAGACCAGCGCGGAAAUGGAAAACUGGAUCAUGAUCGGGAAAGUUAUAGACGUCUUAUGUUUCUGGGGAGCUCUGCCCUUCUUCAUGGUGGGCACCCUCGCCAUCUUCUUCAUGGGGCACUUCAACAGCGCACCGGAGCACCCCUUCAAAGGCGGUGGACAGCAGUUUCCCCCGUGUACAACUUCUAGUUAA